AUGACCCUAGACGACCACAACAUUAGCAGUUGCCGUUUCGCUUCGUGUAACACCUCGUUCGCCUCAGAUCGCGGCGGGGACGGCGGGGAUCAGGCUCUGGAAAUCCAACGGUCAGGAGCGUCCCCUGUGAUGGAGGGGGAAGAAGCGGAGAGCGGCCAGGAAAUUAGGGUUUCGGCUGCCGCUACUAGCGAAAUGAUAGAAGAUUCAGUAGCAAAAAGUCUUUCCGAUUCAAGACGGGACAACGGCAGCAGCCAUGAAGAGCUCGUACGCGAUGCCAACGCCUCGUUACCAGAGCUGUUGCGCGCCGUUUCGCGCCACCCACGGCGGCAGGCGGACGCCGUCCUGCCCGCCCUCUCGCGCCUGCUGGACCUCCAAGCGCGCCUCACAGCCGCGCGCGCCCCUCUCGGGGGAGCCCCGCUCGCAGAAGGGGGAACUCAGGGAACUGAAAGACCCGAGGGAACUGAGGGCGCGGAAGAGAGUGGCGGAGGGGGAGGAGGGGGGGUUGAGGCAGACCUGCUCGAGCAAGAAUUCGCAACCGUCCUUUCCAAAUCCAACAGGAAACUCAGCCUCCACAUUCUUAAAGCCGCACUGCACAUGCAGAACCUCGCGAUUCUCCCCAGCCCGAGAACCCGAGGUGGAGGAGGAGCGGGGGGAGCAGGCCUAGGCGGGAGUGGGGCAGGUUUCGGGGCAGGGGCAGGGGGGAACCGCCGGGGGGGGUCGUUUUCAGUCACAGGGAAUUUGUUUUCUAAGGGGUUGGGGGGGGACGGGGGAGAAGGGAGUGGGGGAAAGUACACCCCGUCAGGGGCUCGCCCCCCCCCGUCGCCUUCUUCCCCUGCUAACAAGCAGCAUGGGAGAGCGGCGAGCCAGUUUCUGUUUGACGAUCCGAUGCUGAUCGAGUACAACGCGUCGCUGUCCGCCCGAACCUCCUCGCCGCUAGGCUCGGGCCGAGCCCCUGGACUAGGUUCUGAAGGUGGGGGAGGGAGUGUGGGGGCGAGUGGGGGCCCUGGUCCGUCGCUGUUAUCCCCCAUGGGCGGUGGGACUGGCUCGUCGCUGUUGUCUCCUGUGGGGUGUUCCACUCCUCAAUCCACGCUCUCUGAUGCGGUGCUAACGGCUACGGCUAGCAGCAGCACGAACACGAGCAGCAGCAGCAUUGCGGCUGUGAGUGGGCCGUUGGAGAGUCUGUUUAUUGGGUCGGAUGGGGCAGGAGCGGUGGGGUCAGCAGGCGCUGCUGCUGCUGCUGCUGGUGGCACUGGUGGGGAUGGUGGCAGCAGCGUUGGAGGUGGUGGUGUCAGUGGUGGUGUUGGGAUCAGUGAGAGCAUAAGUGUUGAUGGAGUUAGCAGCAUUGGCGUGUUUGAAGGAGGAGGGGGUGUGAUGAAAUCCCGAUCCGCCAUCCAGCCAACUCUGCAGAUUUCCUCCUCCUUUCCGGUUCAAGAGAACAAGUUCGGGAUUAUAUCGUCGAAUUCCUUAUCCCUGCCCCGAUCUGCUGCUGCUAGUGCUGCUGGGGAUGGAGAGGCCUCCGCUCCCCCCCCUAGAAUCACUAUUCCCCCGGCCGUGGGCGAGUGGGCGGAGUGGUUACCAGUGGCAGAGGUGCCGUGGCUCAGAAAAGCGGCUGCUGUGGUCAUCCGCGCCCGAGGGAAGCCGCACUUUGCUGCGCUCUACUGCAAGGCAAGGCAGGCAACGGUGGCGAGUGCGGUGGAGAGUGUGAGCAUGAAGGAAUACACCGCAGAGGAGACGCAGGCCAUGGCGUGGGCGGAUCUGGAGCCGUUGAUCAAGCUAUGGAUCAGAGACAUCAGCAUCCUGCUGCGGGUUCUCUUCUUCUCCGAGCAUCAGCUCAUCAAGGGCGUUCUCGACGCCUCUCCAGCCACCAACAAUAGCAUCAGUACCACCACCAGCGGCAAUAGUGGCAGCAGCGGCAGCACUGUUGGUACCACCGUCAAUGCUGAAGCUUCUGCAAUCGCCAACAGUUCAAUCCCUGCCGUUCCUGACUCUGGAUCAGACCUCGUCUCGCAUGCUGGCCCCACGUGUGAAACACCUGAAGAAACUCCUGAGCCUGUUCCUGGGGAGCUGAAGGCAAAUGACACCACGGCCCACAGCAUGCCCCACAGCACGUCCCAGAGUACACCUGAGAAUACACCUGAGAGCAGCAGCAGCAAGCGCACGGAGCAGGUUGUCCGGAAACCCGCGGAGCACCUGAUGAGUCCGGACAGCGUGCUUCGGCAUCUAGUGGGGUCGGUGGGCGGCGUGAAAUCGACCCUGUGUGUGCUGUGCGCGAAUGCAGCAGCCAUUGCUGCGUCUAAGAGCGCCCCUGAGAAGAUCUUCGCGCUGCUGGAGGCAUACCGCACUGUGGCUGACCUCUCCCCUCAGGCCCUCCCUGUCUUCCUUGCUCUCCCCAAGAGCGAUUCAGACGACCCCUUCAAGCUCUGGCAGCGCCUCUCUCAGCUCUUCGCAGGAGCCAUCUUCGCCACUCUAGACGACCUCAACCGCAUUCUCAGAGACGUGUCAGCCUUCGUGCCAGCCAACCAGGCGUCUGGGAGCUCUCCCAUGAAGAAGAAGCUGCUCAGGCUGAUUCACUGGAAGUCCUCGGAGCAGAAGGCCACAAACGAGGAGGAGGUGGAUAUCGGCGUGCAUAAAGUAACAAGCUACGUGAUUAACUUCAUCGCACAAUUAAUGGAUCGGGAGAGCCGUGCGGACCACUAUGGAACCCUAGAAAUGGUCUAUAAGAGGCACGCAGCGGAUAAGAGGCUCAUAGGCUUGGCUACUAUAGGAGGGGCGAGUUUCAGGGACAGGGGAGGGGGAGGGGGAGGGGGAGUGGGGGGGGGAGGCGGAGGGGGGAAGGGUGGGGGGAGCAGCGGGGGGAGCAAGACCGGGGGGGGUAUACUGGGAGCGGUGUACAGCGGGCAGGGGAGUCACAGCAGUAGAGGCAUGCAGGGAAGCCAGGCCAGUCAAGGGAGUCAAAGUGGUGGUCGAAGUGGUGGUCAAACGAGUCAAGGCAGCGGUCAAACAAGUCAAGGGGGGAGUCAAACAGGUCAAGGGGGGAACCAGCUGCAGCACCCGAGCGCGGGCGGCAGGCGCCAGCUGGCGGCGGAGAUGGAGGGGUUGCUGGAUUCGUUGCUAUUCAACAUGGAGGCGCGCGGGCGGGCGAUACAGGACCCGGCGAUGGGGGCGCUGUUUGUGAUGAACAACGCUCACUAUGUGGCUGGUAGCAUUGUUGCAACAAGGAUGAAGGACGCAUUGAAGCAGCAGGACCGCAUCGCAGCCUACGAGGCAGCCUUUGAUAAAGCAGGCCUUGCAAAGCUCAUGGCAUGUUUGGCGCCUGAGGAGGUAUCUGCAAAGCUCAGCGCGGAUGCAGUCAAAUCCAGGCUCAAGAAGUUCAACUCCGCAUUUGAGGAGGUGGCGUUGGAGCAGAACCGUUGGAUCGUGAUCAGCGACUCGCAGAGGAAGAAGACGAGGAUUCGAUUUGCCCGCACGCUCAAGAAUGCGUAUCUGGAGUUCCUCACACCACACAGGGAGAUCAUAGCAGACAUCCCAACCUAUCAGUGGUCGCCAGAUGGCAUCGAGCGGUUGAUGCUCAAGUCCUUCUUCCUCGCUACAGGCACCUUCGGUUCCUUUCACUGCUACUUCUUCCCCCUCGUAUCUCCUGCCUGUGAACACGAAGCUGACCUGGCGGCGGCGGCGGCAGCAGCAGCCAAUGGGUCGCUGCCACGUGUGACAGAGGAGAGCAAGGAGGCGGUACUGGGGUCAGAUCAGCGCGUGGUGGUGUUCCAUGGGGAGCCUUAUAACGGAUUGCGCUUUGAAGGGGAUGGCAAGGAGUUUGGGGGAGGGAGUAGAGGGGAGGGAGAGCAGCGAGUGGUGGUGUUCCAUGGGAAGCCUUCUAACGGAUUGCGCUUUGAAGGGGAUCUCGUUGGAUUCGUGGGCGAGGGGGAUGACACGAGACAACGGGUUCACUGGUGGAGGGCUCAAUCUAUUCGCUUCCUCCUCCGCUCCCCCUCCGCCUACCUCUGCCACAUCACCAACCGUGUCCGCCACACCUCCUACGGCCUCUCAGUUGCCGCCCGCCUCGCCGCCUCUGCCGCCCAGCAAGCCGCCCUGGCCCACUCCCACCCAAAUAUACUAUCCUCGCUAAGAGCUGCUGCACCACCGUGUGUUGGCGGCGAUCGAAGCAGUAACUUUGUUGGAGCAGCGAUUGCUGAUAUAGGAACUAACAGUAGAAGUAGUGAUGGGGUUUUUUACGUAAGCAGCAAGGGUAGUGACGCUGAAAACCCAAACAGCAGCAGUGGUAACUCCAGCAGUAACUCUACUGGUAACACUGAUGGUGGUAACCCUGCUGAUAACCCUAAACUGACCGGGGGAUUCCCGGUUCUAGACAGUGUUCUGAAUGGGUGCACUCUGGCGUCAAGGGCAUGGGCAGAGAGGAGGAGACUCAGCAGCUGCUCCUGCAGCCGCACGGACAGCACCAGUGUCACAAAUACAACAGUAACUGGCGUACCCGAUAUAACUGACAGCAGAUUUCUCAACUACAGGCCUCUAGCUCUUGGGAUUGAACCUUACGUGCCGCGGCCGAUAGUGAGUGUGCAUGUGAGGCAGGGCGACAAGGGAAGUGAGAUGCGCCUCAACUCGUUCCCUGCCUUCAUGUUCUUUGCGUAUCGGCUUAGACGGGUUGAGCCGGACCUCAAGCACGUGUGGCUGAGCACAGAGAUGCAGUCUGUUAUUGACCAAGCGACUCGAUUCAAAAACUGGUCAUUUCUUUACUCGCACAACCUGCGGCAAAGCAGCAACAAGCACAUGGUGGACUACGAGCGAGACGUGGGGCACCAGCUGGUUGGCAUUAGCUUUGCCAAUCUGAUUAUUUCCUCGCAGUGUGAUUAUUUCGUGGGAGCGCUGGGCUCGAAUUGGAACAGCGCCUUUUCCGGAACCGGGAGCUUCUUAGAAGCAAAGCACAACCGCAGAAUCCCGAAACGGCGAAUCUCGGGAUUGCCGGGUCGUGCUCGUGCAGAGGAUACUAGCGACGCCAGCGAUGAUAGCGACACUCCGGUCGUGGGAACAGCCAAUGUCGCCGACAGGCCGACGACAGACGGCCCCCUCCUUCGGCCUCGAUCUGUUUCCAUACCCUUUGGGGAUCGAGAGAUAACCGUUGAGGUGGGGCGGAUGGGGCGACAGGCCAACGGCGCCGUGACUGUAACGGACGGAGAGACGGUGCUGUACUGCACGGUGUGUGCGUCCGAGGAGGAGAGUGAGCCAUCAGACUUUGUGCCGCUCUCUGUGAGCUACCAGGAGAGGUUCAGCGCUGGGGGGCGCACCAGUGGGGGCUACUUCAAACGGGAAGGCCGGCCUAAAGACCACGAGAUCUUGGUGUCUCGCCUCAUAGAUCGCCCGCUGCGUCCCAUGGUGGCCAAGGGUUUCAACCACGAAGUACAGGUCCUUUCGUGGCUGUUGAGCUACGAUGGGGAGCACAGCCCCGACGCCCUUGCCAUCACCUCUGCUGGUGCUGCUCUGGCGGUAUCAGAUAUCCCCCUGGCGGGCAUAGUGGCGGGGGUGCGUGUGGGCAUGGUGAAUGGCGCUCUGGUCGUCAAUCCCUCCAACCAGCAGCUGGAAGGGUCGCCGCUAGACCUGGUGGUGGCUGGGACUACAGACUCGGUUCUCAUGAUCGAGGGUUAUUGCAACCUCCUGUCGGAGGAGCAGCUUCUGGAGGCCGUUGCGGCAGGGCAGAGGGCCAUCAGUGCCAUCUGUCACGGCCUGCACAAGUGGACGCUGGAGACCGAGGGAGUGGCAAAGCCCAAGCUCACUGCCGCCAUCCACGCCCCACCGGCGGACCUGCUGGGUCGGCUGGAGGGACUAGUAGGGCCGGAUUUGGAGAAGGCACUGAGGAUUGAAGGGAAGAAGCAGCGGGGGGUGGCUAUGAAGGCGAUUGAAGAGAAGGUGCUGGGGGCGCUCACAGAGGCGGGGCAGGCCGCAACCAGGCAGGCGGGCGCUGGGGGCUCUCACAGAAGCGGGGCAGGCGGCCACCAGGCAGAUGAGCAGAGGGGCGGGCAUAGGCUGUGGAAGGUGGGUCCUGAGCUGUCUCAUGGCUCGGCUGGAAGCCUGGCAGGGAGGGAGGUGGAGGGGCCGCUGAGGAUCGAGGGGAAGAAGCAGCGGGGAGCGGCGAUGAAGGCGAUAGAGGCAGGGCAGGCCGCCACCAGGCAGCUCAAGGAGCUGACGUCCCGAAUCAUGCGGCGUAUUAUCGUCACUGAGGGCCGUCGCAGCGAUGGGCGGGGUACUAGUGACGUGCGCCCCAUCGAGUCGGCCUGUAGUGUCCUGCCACGUGUACAUGGCAGCGCACUGUUCACCCGAGGGGAAACACAGGCACUGGCGGUGGCGACCCUGGGAGGGGAGGACAGUGCGCAGAGGUUGGACCACCUCACUGCCACGUCAGAGUUCAAGCGGUUUUACUUGCAG